UUAGGAUAGAACGGAGGCUCAAUCCACCAAAUUUCAGCCCAUGGAAAGGAGCCCUGAGUGGAAAAAGAGCCCCGUUACAAAUAGAAAACCUCCUCCAAAUAGGUCUAUCAACAAGCUCCGAUUUUCCUCGUCUUCUCCUUAAUUUGGUGAUUUUGGUUGGUUGAUUUAGUUUGAUCCAAGAAAAUGGGAGGUGGAUUUAGAGUACUACAUCUAGUUCGGCCUUUUCUUUCGUUUCUUCCUGAGGUUCAGAGUGCAGACAGGAGAGUUCCAUUCAGAGAGAAGGUUAUCUAUACUGUAAUCUCUCUUUUUAUUUUCCUGGUCUGCAGCCAGCUGCCAUUGUAUGGCAUACACUCGACAACAGGUGCAGAUCCAUUCUAUUGGAUGCGUGUUAUUCUUGCCUCGAACCGAGGCACUGUGAUGGAGCUUGGAAUCACACCAAUAGUGACAUCUGGGCUGGUUAUGCAACUUUUAGCGGGUUCAAAGAUCAUUGAAGUUGAUAAUAAUGUGAGAGAGGAUCGAGCCCUUUUAAAUGGUGCACAAAAGUUACUAGGUAUCUUGAUAGCAGUUGGUGAGGCAGUUGCAUAUGUGCUCUCAGGAAUGUAUGGUAGUGUCAGCCAACUUGGAGUUGGUAAUGCCAUCCUUAUAAUUCUGCAACUUUGCUUUGCUGGCAUUAUUGUUAUUUGCUUGGAUGAACUUCUCCAGAAAGGAUAUGGUCUGGGCUCUGGUAUUUCACUCUUCAUCGCAACAAAUAUUUGCGAAAACAUCAUCUGGAAAGCAUUUAGUCCAACUACAAUUAAUAGUGGGCGUGGAGCUGAGUUUGAAGGUGCUGUUAUUGCUUUAUUCCAUUUGUUGAUAACACGGACAGACAAGGUUCGUGCGUUGCGCGAGGCAUUCUACCGGCAGAAUCUUCCAAAUGUUACAAACUUGCUUGCGACUGUUUUAAUAUUCCUCAUUGUCAUUUACUUCCAAGGCUUCCGUGUGGUUUUGCCUGUGAGGUCAAAGAAUGCCCGUGGUCAACAGGGAUCAUAUCCAAUUAAGUUAUUCUAUACUUCCAACAUGCCCAUUAUUUUGCAGUCUGCACUUGUUUCCAAUCUCUACUUCAUCUCGCAGUUGCUUUAUAGGAAAUACAGUGGAAAUUUCCUAGUGAACCUUUUGGGGAAGUGGAAGGAAUCCGAGUACUCUGGGCAAUCUAUUCCUGUUGGCGGUCUUGCUUAUUACAUUACUGCACCAUCAAGCUUGUCAGAAAUAUUGGCCCAUCCUUUCCAUGGACUAUUUUAUGUUGUGUUUAUGCUGUCAGCAUGUGCUUUGUUCUCAAAAACGUGGAUUGAGGUUUCAGGAUCCUCAGCUAAAGACGUGGCAAAACAGCUGAAGGAACAACAAAUGGUGAUGCCUGGACAUCGGGAAUCAAAUCUACAGAAAGAGCUGAACCGAUACAUACCGACUGCAGCCGCCUUUGGUGGCAUGUGUAUUGGUGCGCUGACAGUGCUGGCAGAUCUUAUGGGAGCAAUUGGUUCUGGAACAGGUAUUCUGCUGGCAGUGACCAUCAUAUAUCAGUAUUUCGAGACAUUUGAAAAGGAGAAAGCUAGUGAGCUUGGUUUCUUUGGUUUCUAGGGCACCCAACACACUGAGCUAUGUUUAGGUUUGCCUAAAAUUUUUGGUAUGCUCGGGAAUUUAAAGAAGAAUUCCCUGUUGGAGCCGUAGAUUUCGAACGAAAGAUUGUAGUCUAGCUUGCCAUUAGUUCAUUAGAUCUUUCUUCUUAACAGUUAUAGACGUUUGGGAUUGGACAGAUAACCCAAAUUAGUACUUCCCUGAAAACAUUCUGGUAACAAAUCCAGCUAGCUGAAAUUCUAUAAUUUUGCCUGAGCAAGAGUUUGAUGUUGAUGACAUUCCUCAAAAUUCUGUAGAACAAGUUUUGUUUAUUUAUAUGGGAAAAGAAACACUAGUUCUUACUUUU